UAUCUUGUAAACAUCCACGUGUGUCAAAAAAAAGAGAAAAAAAUAAAAAGAGAAAUAAAAGAUCAAUGACAUGUUGGUGUAAAAUCAUUGGCUUCUAUCACUUUGUUAUUACAUUAUCAUCAAACAAUAAUUAAAUAUUAAUCAAUAAUAACAACAACAAUGGCUCCUCCAACAAAAAGUACCAAAGUUGGAACAAAAGGUUCAAAACAAAUUGUCGAGGAAAAUGUAUCAACAUUAAGUUUUUAUCGUAAUAUGGUAUUUGCUGCUGUUGGAAUUUAUUUAACUGUAAUGAUGGUGUUUUUUGAAUUUACAACGUUAACAAUUACAUUGACAAUCAUCACUGCCAUAGUAUACGUAGCAUGUUAUCAAUUUAUGGUUUAUAUGGCCAAGACUCAGUACUCUGAAACAGGUCAGCUUUCUAACUCUGGUGUUGAUCUCAACAUGGAGGGUGGAAUUGCUGAACACAUCAAAGACUUAAUUAUUUUGACUUCAGCAAGUCAAGUUUUAUCAUUAACAUCAAAUUAUUUUUGGCUCUUGUUACUCUUGGCACCAGUACAAGCACUUUGGAUGCUUUGGAGUAAAGCAAUUAAACCUUGGUUAUCCUCAGGAAGUGAGGAACAACAACCAGAAAUGACUGAAAAAAAACAUCGAAAACUCGAGCGUAAACUUGCUCGUCGUAUGUAAAAAAAAUAUCGAAAUAAUUAUUUUUCUUUUUUAUUUUUUUUUUUUAUAUAAUAAAAUUUUAAAAUAGUUCAAUUAAUUUCAACAUUUUGCUAGUGUUAUUUAUUUUAUAAUUUUUAUUAAAAGAAAGAAAAUAUAUAUUUCAUUCGGUAUAAUUAUUGUAGGUAUAUAUUAUAUUUUUUUUUUUUUAAAUGCAAAUUAUUACAGAUGUAUAUUUGCGGAAUAGACAAUUUGAUUGAUAAAAAAAAAAAAACUAUUUUCUCUCUUAAACUGCGUAAUUUUAUGUGAUUAUAUCACGUUGCAAAGCGGCAUGCGUCAGCGGGGUCGAGUCGGUGGUGGUAUGAUCGAAAGUUGUUCAAUCAAAAAAGGUUUAUGAUUAUGGUGGCAGACUACAACUAGUAGAUUUAAACUAUGAGAUUGUUUAACUUGUUUAAAACGAUCUCACAAUUUAUCAACGCUCAAAUACUUGAAAUUUAAUCUUCAUCUUAUUCUUAUCGUGUUGACAUUUGAACAUUUUGAGUCAAAAUUUGUAUCAUAGAUACAAAAUUUAAUAUUAAUUUAUUAUUUUUAAAUAGUAAAUUAAUAAAAUUUGCAUAUGAAUUAAAUUUUAUUAUUUUCUGCGGCUGCACCACGUGUCACAAUACAAGUUGUCUACUUAAGUCAGUCGAAAUCCAAACUUGGCCUC